AUGACUAUGCUUAUGUUUCAACUCAGAUCUAUAUUUCUCAUAGCUCUGUGCGCCCACUUAGUAUCUUCCUAUCCUUUACUAGCUCGAGGAAAAUAUGGCGACCAGACAGGACACUCGCACUGGGUGAAUAUAUGGACUACUAUGCCUCAGUUGGUCGAGCCCGCCAAUCUACCCCCUGUUCCGUUUAAUGGGUCCAACGCUGUCUUCAGUAAUACUACAAUUCGCCAAACCAUCCAAGUUUCAUUAGCUGCACAAGAGAUCCGUAUUCGACUCUCUAAUGCAUUUGGUCCAAACGAUCUCAAAAUCACCAAUGCGACUAUCAGCCUGCCAGCGAGACAGCAAGUAGGAGUUAGCGCACUGCAGACAGGGACAUUGAAAACUAUCUCGUUCAAUGGAAGCCCAGAUGUGGAGAUCCCGAACGGUGGGUUGGUCGUGUCUGACCCAAUCAAGUUCCCCGUCAAGGCCCAAUCGGCCCUCAUGAUCAACAUAUAUCUUGCAGAGGGACAGCAAGGCUUCUCUGUCACUGGUCACCCUGGAAGUAGAACAACAUCAUACCUGGCUUUGGGGGAUCAGACUGGUGCACAGAACCUCACAGACUCAUCUGUUCAAAGUACUGAUCAUUGGUACUUUAUCAGUGGAGUAGAGGCUCGGCUACUUUCUGAGUCUAGCGCCUUCGCGAUCAUUGGCGACAGCAUCACCGAUGGGCGAGGAAGCACCACAAAUGGCAAUGAUCGCUGGCCGGACCUGUUACUGGCAAGGAUGCAAAAGCAUAAACCCACGUCAAAUAUCGCAAUUCUCAACCAGGCCGCUGGCGGAAAUCGCAUCCUACAAGAUGGCUUAGGUCCAAACGUGAUCAGCCGUCUUGAUCGGGACAUCCUAGCCCAAUCUGGAGUACAAUAUGCGAUGAUUUUCGAAGGCGUCAACGAUAUUGGCGUCGCUGAUAGUGAUUCAGCUACGCAGGCGGAGAUUGAGAAGAAACUUGUUGCGGCAUAUAGGCAGAUCGCGACACGAGUGCAUGCCCUAGGCAUCCCGAUAUUUGGCGCCACUAUCACACCAUUCGGCUCGUCGCCAACUUCCGAUUACGUGCAGCCUUACUCGAGUACCGAGCGGGAGAGGACUCGUCAACGAAUCAAUACAUUUAUCAGGCAAAGUGGCGUGUUUGAUGCGGUACUGGACUUUGACCGUGUGUUGAGAGAUCCACAUGCGCCAUCUCAGUUGCUGGAAAAAUAUGAUUCAGGAGAUCAUCUUCACCCUACUGUAGCGGGAUAUCAAGCAUUGGCUGAUUACUUCCCUCUCACGGUAUUCGAGUGA